GUCGCGGGUGGCGGACGCUCGGCGGGAAAACUCAAAACUGAAAACAAAAAUUCCAAAAACAAAACUGAAACUACUAAAACCAAUCUUAGACCAAACAAAACUAAAAAAAAAAACAGUAGAACGUGUGAUAAGAACAGCAGAUACAACAACAACAACCAAAGUUGACUAUUAAAUUUUGAGCGCGUGUGUUUGGAAUUAUUUCUUUGCCAUAUUAUUUCGUGCAAUACAAAAACCCAAAAAAUCAUAAUAACAACAACUAAAACGUGGUUGAACAAAAUAGUUGUUUUUUUGUUUUCACUUUUUUUUACUGUGCGUGCGUGUGUGUAUUAGUUUGUUUGCUUUUUAAUUAGUUCGACUCUUGUUUUGAUUUUUGUCUUUUUUUUUGUUCGAGAUCUCUGCUUUGUGUUUUUGGCAGAACAAAAAAAAAAUAAAGGAGGCAAAACAAGCAUGUGGCAGCCAUGAGGCGGCAGCGUUCCACUCACUGCCAGCUGUUAUUAUGCCCGGCCACUUGUUGCAGGCAUUCAUGAUGCAACUGCGCCAGCAGCCAGCGGCACAACGAACUCGAUUCAAGUCUUUGCCGGGUCUCAACCAAAAACACUCAUACGCCAUGUGGGCGCGAGGCGAUCGGAGGAUGUUGCAUGAACAGCAGCCGACAACAACAACCGCAACGGGCGCCACACUGGCCCACGGCCAAGGCUAAGGCCAGUGUUAUAGCCACAGUCACAGUCACAGUCACAGUUAUAGUUACAGCCACAGCCAUAGCCACACACACCAGCAGUACUAAAUACAGAAAUACACCACCACCAGUCACUACAACAACAACAAGAACAACAACAAGAACAACAACAAUCAACUGAAACAUCAACAAAAGUUGAAGAAUUCCGUUGAACUCGAGGGAAACAAAACAUAAACAAAAUGUCUGAGUCACGCCGUCAAUCGGUGAGCUCCAGGGCGAUGCCGCCAGGCGUACUGGCCAACGAUAGCCGGGCCAAUUCCACCGAUGACAUCCAGAUCGCCUUGGCGCCGCACAUCCAGACCUAUUUGAGCCAAACUGGCCGGCGGCACUCCUGCUGCAGCGUGAUGUUGCCGGUGGCCUUCGAGCGGGCUGCGGCCAAGUCCUGGCUGGACCCCAAGUUCGACUCCCCGGUCCUGGAGGAGCAGUACCAGGCCAGCGUAUUUCCCCACAUCCGCAUGCGUUAUAGGUUCACCCUAUCGUACAUCCUGCUGUGCUCGCUGAUGUGGUGCCUGUACUUCGUGGUGGACGGCGGAUCAGAGGACUUCUGGCGGCCAAUCUCCAGCGCCUUCUCGAUGCUCUCGCUGGUGACGAUCAUGGCGCUGUGCUUCACGCACUGGGACCUGUACCGGGAGCACCGGACGGCGACGUCGGCGGUGACCGCCCUGCUGCUCUGCGGCGCCUCGCUGGCCUUCCUCACCUACACGGGCCGGGCCUUCAGUCCGCUGGGCCACUUUGCCAUCUGUCUGGAGAUCGUGCUGCUCAUCUACACGGCCCUGCCGAUGCCCUUGUGGCUGGGCGCCAGCACCGCCAUUAGCUACUCCAUUGCGUUCGAGAUGGUCUCGCACAUGGUCAUCGGAUGCAGUGCCAUUCACGGCGGUGGAUCGGGAAUGGGAUCUGGAAUGGGUUCGGGAUCGGGAUCGGAAAUGACAGCCAAUGGCGAUCCAAGCAACAAGAUACUAAUCCUACGGAUAAUGGCCCACCUGAGUGUGCAUCUGGUGGGGCUGCAUGUGCUGAUCAUGAAUCUGGUGCGGAUGCGCGGCACCUUCAUGAAGGUGGGUCAAAACCUGCUGGUGCGUCGCCAAUUGGAGAUGGAGAAGCAGCUCAAGGAGAAGAUGAUCCACUCGGUGAUGCCGCCCAAGGUGGCGGAUAUGCUGCUGAACGAGGGCGGUACCUCGGGUCUCGAUUCGGGUGGAAUGCCGCCCGAAUCGCAUUACAUGCGACCGCGGGCCUCCAACGAUGUGAAGUCGCUGUUCCGACCCUUUCACAUGCACAGCAUGGAGAAUGUGAGCAUCCUGUUCGCCGAUAUUGUGGGUUUCACGCGCAUGUCCUCCACGAAGACGGCCGAGCAGCUGGUGGAGAUCCUCAACGAUCUCUUUGAGCGCUUCGAUGACCUCUGCUCGCUGAGUGGCUGCGAGAAGAUCUCCACGCUGGGCGACUGCUACUACUGUGUGUCCGGCUGUCCAGAGCCGCGGGCCGACCAUGCCAUCUGCUGCGUGGAAAUGGGUCUGGGCAUGAUCGACGCCAUGCGCUGCUUCGAUGCCCAGCGGCACGAGGGCGUCAAGAUGCGGGUGGGCGUCCACACGGGCACCGUCCUCUGCGGCAUCGUGGGCACGCGGCGGGUCAAGUUCGAUGUGUGGAGCAACGACGUCAGCCUGGCCAACAAAAUGGAGUCCUCGGGCAAACCGGAGCAGGUGCACAUCUCGCAGGAGACAUCCAGCUUCUUGGGCGAUGCCUACUAUCUGGAGGAGGGCGAGGAGGUGUUCGGUCACCGCACCUACUUCGUGGUGGGACGCCGCCGUGACUUCACCCGCACCAACAGCCUGAGUCCCAGCAUGCCGACCAAUGCGGCCGGCAGUGCCCUGCUGCUGCCCGGUGCCCACGGUGCCUCUGCCUCCCUCUCGCAGAGCGCCACCAAUGUGUCGGCGGUGCAGCCGAAUGUGCCGCCCGCCUCGCCGGUGGGCCAGCUGUCCAGCUCACUGAAUCCCUCGCCGGUGCUCUCCAUGCGUCCGCGCCUUACCUCGCUGAGCAUGAAGCUGCGCAAGAAGUCCCAGAGUCGCGAUCGUGAUCGUGAUCGUGAUCGCGAUGUGGAACGCGGCAUCAUCCAUCCGGCGGCGGCGGGCGUGCCACCGGUGAUUGUGGUGCGCGAACGGCCCAAGAUCAUAAUCACCACUAAAUCCUUGCCCGGCAGCCUCGACUCCGAUGAACAGGUGCCAGUUAGUCCACCAACGCCACGACCCAAUCCUCCAGCUGCCGAUCCUCCAAGAUCGAAGAUCAAGCUAAAGGUGUGGAAAGUGCCGCGUUUUCUCAAGCGUUUCGAGGAUUUGGCCAGCCGGAGUGGCAGCUGUGCAUCCGCGGCUCAACAGGAAAGGGAAAAAGAGCGGGAGCGUGAGAGGGAGCGGGAGAGGGAGCGAGAGCGAGAGCGGGAGAAGGAGGAGCUGCAUCAGCAGAAUCAAUUGAAUCCCGAGGAGACGCUGGCCUUCAUGGACAGCCAGCUGCAGAAUGGCAACGGUUGUGGCUAUCAGCAACUGCCCGUUUUGUUGGAGUCGCUCAGCGGCCAUCGCACCCAGACACUGGACAUACCGCCGGCUCGGCCGGUGCUCCAUCAUGCGGCCGCGUCCACGGCCCUGGCCAGCAGUGUGCUCCGGUCGCCGGAGGCGGGAGGCGGUUGCUGCUCCCCGGGGCAGUAUUCCAUGUACGACGACAUCAUCGAUGUGCGUUCCUACAUCAGUCAGUCGCGCAGCGAUAUCUCCCCUUUUGGUCGAUCGGGCAGCUAUAGAUCGCAGUGUGGCAGGCAAUCAACUGGCGGAGGUGCAGGAGGAGGAGGUGCAGGAGGAGGAGGAGCGGUAGGAGGAGCGUGUACCUCACAGGCAGCACCCACAGUGGAGCAAUCGCCAGUGCCGCGGCCACGAGCCUCGACUUUGGCCACCGGUAGACCCACCACCACCACAGGCACAGCCACCACCACCGCCACAGCGAACACCCUGGAACCGGGGCCAUCGUCGGCCAGUCCCUGUUGCCUGCCAGCUCCCUGCAAUGCCGGCAUUGGCAUCUUUCCGCCCACGCACUCCCGCCAGUCGAGCAUUUGCCCCUCGGCCACGUCACGCAAGGAUUCGGGCAUCAAGAGCAACUCGCGUCGCUCCUCGAUCCAGCAGCAGAUCUAUGCGCUCAACCAGUCGGCCAUCAGUCAGCAUCGGGUGUCGGGCUACUUCACCAGCUCCACGUCGAGCAUCUCGAAUUUGGGCGAGGUGCAGGGCGUCUGUCUGGGUCUGGGUCUACCGCUGGCCGUUCAGCCACCGCCACCGCCGCUGCUGAUGCCCGCCUGCUCGUCACAGUUGGCCGAUCCGUUGGCCGCCUGCCUGCAGCAAUUGCGCAAACAAUCGGACCUCCAGCUGAUCCGUUGCGUCCGGGACAAUGCCCGGUCGCAGAGGAGCUACCUGGUGAAGCCACCGUUGCGCAGGUUCAGUUUGUACUUCAAGUCGCGCCAGCUGGAGCGCGACUUUCGAUCGAAGGCGCAUCGCUUUGGGGCCGAGAACGAGACGGAGGGACCGCCGACUUUGGCCACGCCGCGCUACAACACCUACAUCGACAUAUUCGUUGGCAUUGCCGUCUACCUGUGCAUCUCCGUGUCGCUCUUCCUGAUGACCCAGAACACGGUCACUCCGAGCUUUCGCCUGUGGGUGACCCUCUUCUCCUGCUUCACGGGCAUCCAGGUGUUUGCUCUUUUCCUCUUCACCCGCCAGAUGUGCCGACGGCAGAGUGGUGGCGGUGGCGUCGGUGGCGGUGGCAACGUUAGCCACCGCUUCAGAUCCAAGUCGACGACCAGUGAGGAUCUGGAGCGAAGCGGGGAGGAGCAGCAGCGGGGGCCACACUUUGAGUCCUGUGCCGAUCGCAUUUUCGAGGCCAUCUCCAGCUGGUAUCCAUGGCACAUCUGUCUGGCCAUCCUGAUGGCCAUGCCCGUGCUGCUGAUCAUCGCCAACUUCCUGUUGCUCGAUCUGGAGCAACUGGAGGCCUUCGAGUAUCACUACGGCUUCCUGAUCUUCGUGUGCAUCGUGCACUUCUGCAAUUUCACGCAGCUCAACUGCUGGGUGCGCAAUGUGUUGGCCUUUCUGGCCGCCCUCUGUUUCAUCGGCAUUGCGGUGUCGCAGCUGAUGGUCUACAGUCACAAUCGUAGCGAGGAUCAGGAACAGGAUCAGGAGGACCAGGAGGAUCAGGCAUCGAACUUCAUUCAGGAGAUCAAGUGGUUCCAGGACUACCACGUGGAGAUCUAUCUGGACCUGUUGCUCAUCCUGGUGCUGGUGUGGUUCCUCAAUCGCGAAUUCGAGAUCGGCUACCGGCUGACCUUCUACGGCAAUGCGGUGGCCAACCAGGACAAGGUGCGGGUGCAGAACAUGAAGAACCAGGCGGACAUGCUGCUGCACAACAUCAUACCCAAGCAUGUGGCCGAGCAUCUGAAGAACACGGCCAAGUACUCGGAGAACCAUCACAACAUAGCCAUCAUCUUUGCCUCGAUCGUCAACUUCAACGAGAUGUACGACGAGAGCUAUCUCGGAGGCAAGGAGUUCCUGCGGGUGCUCAACGAGCUGAUCGGCGACUUCGAUGAGCUGCUGUCGCGACCGGAGUUUCGGGCGGUGGAGAAGAUCAAGACGAUUGGGUCCACGUUUAUGGCGGCCAGUGGACUGGAUCCGUCGCAUCGCGGUUCCGGUGACGAGCAUAUUCACACGCUGAUGGAGUUCUCGAUUGCCAUGCAGGAUGUGGUGGAUGCCUUCAACAAGGACCUACUGGAGUUCAAUCUCAUCCUGCGCAUCGGCAUGAACAUUGGCGAUGUAACGGCCGGUGUGAUCGGCACCAGCAAACUGUACUACGACAUCUGGGGCGAUGCGGUCAAUGUGGCCUCCCGCAUGGACUCCACAGGUCUGCCCAAUCGCAUCCAGGUGGGUAAGGACUGCCUGCCCUUCCUCGCCAAGCGCUAUGAGUUCGAGCCGCGCGGCAGUGUUUAUGUGAAGGGCAAGGAUCACAUGGAGGUGUUUCUCUACACGGGUCGCAGGGAGAAGCCACUGGAGGAGGAAGAGGGGGCGGAGGAGCAGGAGAAGCAGGAGGAGGCGGUGGAGCAGCAAUUGGACCUGCAGGAUGUACAUAAGCUGGAGCAGUUGGACCAGCACAUUAAGCUGAACGACGAGGAGGAGGAUGAGGAUGACUUGCACUCCAGUGAGACCACCACGCUCUUUAAGUCGCAGGAGUCGCUCCAAGCGAAUGGAGGUCAACACUUGGCAGCGGCUAAUAUCAUUGCUACCACCAUUACUCUUACAAACAGCAACAACAUCAACAUCAACAACAACAACACCACAACCAACAACUCAAUGCCAGUGGAAACUUAGGAAAUUGCUGAGAGAGGAAGGCACUUGAAAAAUGGUUUCAAAAUUGCAUUUAAUGGCUCCAACGGUGAGCGAGCGAGCUUUCCAACAACAAACAUGGCUAGGAGGCGGAAUUGUGGCCGGAAAAAGGAAACAAAACCAGAGGAUACAAAAGAGUGGGAGGGGCGGGGCGGGGUGGGGGUGGGUUUGAAACAACCAACAAACCAAUGUGAUAUAAAUGAAUAUGAAUAGAUAGAAACGUUAGAAACGAUAGAAUCGGGUUAAAGUUGCUAGUGAUUGGUUGAUUGAUUCAUCAAUUGAUUAAUUGAUUCAUUGAUUAAUUGAUUGAUUGUUGUUAUGGCGUUUGGCUGGAUUAAGUUGAUAACACUUGCGAUAUCCAAAUGAAUAUCCAAAACACUCGCACACGCAUGCAAAUUAUUCAACAUAUUGAUGUGUGUGUAUGUAUUUAAUUGUACUAGCCAGUUGACUCAUCUGAAAACCAAACGAAAUGCUUUCUUUCCUUUCUAUUUCUAUUUUUGUUUUUUUUUUUUUAAUAGCUCUAACUAAACUAAAUUAAACUAAUGGAAAUAUGUGGCUUUAAAUGGUAGUAGCGAAAUAUAGAUGUGGAUUGUAUGUAGAUUCAAUGUACCAUAGAGCUAACCAAUAUAUAUAUAUAUAUAUAUAUGUAUAAGUAACUAAAUAACAAUUUUUUUGAGCCAACGAAUGGAUAUUACCUGUAUGUAUUUGCUGUUGUUCAAUGUUGAUCAAUAUGUGUAUAUAAAUGUAUGUAGCUAAAUGUAAAUGAUUGUGUCUCGCAGACAAUGGUCUGCUGCCAUAUAAAUGAGUUUGGUCUGCAGGGGGUUAAUUUUAUUUCCAAAAAACCAAAACGUUUUGAAUAAAAACAGAUUUGAUCGAAA